AUGUCUAAGCUAGUUGAGCAGUUUUUGAAGUUGAAACCUCCGAGGUUUGAUGGUAGAGUUAAUACUGAGGCUGCACCUCGAUGGGUGGAAGAGCUAGAAAAAGCUUUCGAAGUCCUGGGAUGCACUGAAGAGGAAAAAGUAACCCUAGUAGUAUAUCAGCUUCAGGAAAAUGCAAGCGACUGGUGGAGAGCCACAAGAGGCCAAGUGUUCCCUGCUGGUACUGCUCCGACUUGGACUGUCUUUACUGAGACUUUUAACGACCAAUAUGAGCCCGAGUUCGCAAGGCUGUCCAAGUUUGCCCCAAGAAUGGUAGAGGAUCCAGUGGACAAGGCCAAGAGGUUCCGAGAUGGACUGAAGCCGGUCCUCCGCAAUCAGAUGAUCUCACUGAACUUGAGAGGAUAUCAUGAGAUUUAUGACCGGGCUCAAGCAAUUGAGCGUGAUUUGAUGGAUCGGGCUGUCGCCUCUGGAUCGUGGCAGGCCCCGGCUUGGGACAACCGUCGUUUUAGGAAGAGACCUAUGACGGGAAAUAAUCAUUUUGUCUCUCCUAUACAAAGAAAUAUCGGGAAGUCUAAUCGCUUUCAGAACACCCCGUGUAGGUUAUGUGGAGGGAGACAUGGGAAUGGACCUUGCCCAAAUAGGGGAGGAGCGUGUUUUCAAUGUGGCGAAAGGGGCCAUCAGAUGAAGGACUGUCCCAACAACAGGCAGGCUAAGUUGCUUGCACUCUUGCCACCACCGCCCCGGAAUGAAAAUCAAUUUGAAGCUAUCCUGCCGGCUAAUCAGAAUAGGCCGCCGGCCCAAGGAUGA